GUGUCAUCAGUCGCCCUUUAUCAUUCGUCGUGUGUGGUUGAGUGAAACGUGAUUUUCGGCAUAAUUAAAAGCUCAACAAUAAGAGGAGUCGGUCCCUCAUUGUUCGGGGAAACGAAUCAUCCUGAGAAAAUAGUGAUUGUUCGCAAGGGGGUUCAACAAGUGAGGUUCAGCCAUAAAUGGCAGGAUAUUUUGUGAUUGUUACCAAGGAAGAACGUGCAUUACGUGUGUGACAAUGAGGAUAAAUCCUUUGUUUUUGUUGUAAAAAGGUGAAAAAUUGUUAAAUCUAACAUUCUUAUUGGAAUCGCUGCUCUCAUUGCAAAACAUUGGAUUCGGAUUUGUGAAUGAAAAACUAACACAACGACGCCUCCAGCAAACCAAGCCACGCUACUGGCUGUACCAGUCCACGAGUAUCACAUCUAUCAGUUUGACCAGUUUUAAAUUGAAAAGAUUUGGCCGCUUCUCGUGCUCAAUUAACGCGUCCUCUCGGGGCGGUAUUCGCAGCGACCGUAGAUCCAAUUGUAAUGUGACUAAUUGUUGCUUCGUGUGUCCGCGUUCGCGUCUCGGAAGAUAAACGUAGCGAACAGAAGAAAAUUAUCCCGCCUCGUUGGUGGUGAGUUACACGCUGGUGGUGUGGGAAAAAUAAUCAGUCAUCUCUGCUUGCAAACGUAUAGCAAAAAAACGCAUUCAGAUCCACGAAAAAAGAUUCUAUUGAGUCCUGCAGAUGCAGUCGACGCCCGGAGGGGGAACUCUUGAAAUCGACGGGAAUAACAGGAUUUCAAAGUGCUGCAGCAUCCCGAUGCCGUCAUCUAGCUCGGGGCAGUGCUGGAGUGCUGCGUCAUCCCUGUCUGUUCCUAGCCGGUGGCAGCCGAGAGUCCUGUGGCUGAUCUCGGCACUGCUGCUUGGCGUGACUCAGUGCAAUGCAAUCGAUACAUAUUUUCCCGUCUCGAGGCUUCAUCUGAGCAUUCCCAUAUCCAAAGAAUCAUACAUCAUCCUCCGGAAUCACCCACUUUUGAAUCUCGCCCCGUUCCGAAAGGAUGACACUGAGCAAUACCGGUACGCAAUCGAAAGUCCGGCAGAUCGGUAUUUGAAUAUAAAUUCCACCUCCGGUAACGUUUGGAUUACCUCUCAUUUUCUCGACCUACGAACGCCCACCGAGUUCAUAAUUUCCGCUGCGAGUCAGCAACACACCGUUCGUCUCAGUCUGACCAUAACACCCAUUUUGGUGGAGGAAAACUCCCUGCCACGCUUCUGCGAAGCCCAUUUCGAAGACAUCUGUUUCUGGGAAUCUGCCACCUAUAAAAUUGCGGAAAACGAAUCACCAGGGCUCAACAUUGGCCCGCUCGGUCCAGAGUUGUAUCGACAGCUAUGCCGGACACGCUCCGUCAUUUACAGCCUUAGCAACGUCACUAAUUACCUGUAUGAGCGUAAUGGAUCGAUUUACAGCAGUGCAUCCCUGGAUCACGACGCAGCCCGGCCAGGCGCCCAGCUGCAGGUCAGCGUCAGUUGCACGGUCCAUCUGGGGGACAACAGCAAACCAAAAAACGUAGACAAGACCAUCACCGUAAUGGUGUUGGACCGAAACGACAAUCAGCCCCGCUUGGAGCACGCUAAUGACACUCACAUCGAGCUGUAUCUGGACGAUCCCCACGUCACUCAGAAUCAACCAUUAAAUCAUCGAAAAGUGCUAUUCGUAGACAACGAUACGAUCGCCAUGAACGGCCAAGUCCACUAUCAACUGCUGAAUGACACAUUCAAGUUUUUCCAACCGAAAUGCACUGCGUAUGAAGUGGAGCUGAUUGCUGGCACCAAGCAGACAGUGUUCAGUUGUGCUCUGAUGGCUCAGCAAUCUGGCAUACUUCCCAAGGGUCGUUAUUGUGUUGUACUUCGAGCGCUUGAUGAAACUCUGCCACCCACAAUCGAUCCCAGAUCUUCAGCUAAUUCCACCAUUUGCAUCAAUUCCAAUCACGAUCGCAUCCACCUGCCACGCCCGGAAGCUUUGGUUAGUGCUGAUGAUGUUGUGUCUGAAGCAAGGCCACGACGCUAUGGAGGUAAAAGGCGUUCCAGCAAUAAGGUAGCCGCAUCUCUGGCUAACUUCCAUUACCCUCGGCAGGUAGAUCUAUACAAUACAUCAACAAGAUUUGCCAGGAUUGCCGAACCAAGUAACUUUUAUGACCAUCUAAAUGAUACCAAAACCGAUCUUGACUUUCGCAUCGUCAACAAUCCUCUCAAUGCAUUCGAUAUCACCAAACAAGCGGGAAUCAUCUAUUUGAAAAACGCAACCAACAUCCAAAAGCAGCUUCCCGGUGUCGUUCUGAGUUUAACCGUUGCAUGGCUGAACCACACUGCCACGAUCCGUAUAACCCUCAAAUCCAUUCCCGGUGCAUUCUGCAAUGCCUCGACCGAACAGUUCUGCUCACUUCACCCGGAUCAAUCUAGUUGCAUUUCCAGCUGUGGUAUCGGCAGCCGCGAGGGUUCGUGCAAGUUCAGAAUUCCCGACUCGAUGGAUCCGUUUGCACUCGCUGGAUUGGGCUCGAACCCGUUCGAGGAGAAUUAUCCCACGUGCUCGCCCGAUCUAGGCUACUGCCCGGAUAAUGUGUGCGAUCCACUGGAGGAGAUGGGCUAUCGGGAAAACAUUCAGAUAUGUCCACAGGAUUGCGUGCUCACGAGUGAUGUGAUUGGACUGCACCAUGUGGACCAUACUAAGAGUAGAGGCAUUCAUAUGUCUGCAUCCCCCUGCACUUGUCGUGCAACGGGACAAUGUGAUUGCACUGUGGCCCUGAAAAUCAAGCCCGAGCAUAGAAAAAUCAAAACGAAGCCCACUACUAGCACAAGUACCACCACGGAAGCGAAUCCGGCUCGUAAUGGCACAAUUGAUGCCUCUUCGCCGGCUGCAGUUCGAGAUGGAAAGUACUCCCGACAGUCCGGGUUAAUCAAUGGUCCGUAUGCACAUUAUUACCUAUUGAGUAUCGUCGUUGGUCCAAUGCUGGUUGCGGUGCUUCUCGUAUCGUAUUGCUUUAGACGGAAAAAUAACCUGAAGAAAAAACUAGUCAACGGGAACAAUAUUCCGAUGAAUUUGGUUAGCAAUGAAACCGAGGUGCUGAAUGUCGAUCUCCCGCUGAAUUCCAGGAUAAACGAUAUCAGCUUCAAAAUUGACUUCGAUUCCAAGUGGGAAUUUCCCCGCGAAAGACUCAUACUGGACAUCACAUUGGGCGAGGGCGAGUUCGGCAAGGUGCUGAAAGGAUACGCAACGGAUUUACCCGAGAAACCUGGGCUGACAACGGUGGCCGUGAAAAUGCUGAAAACCGGUGCCAAUUCAGUUGAACUAUUGGCACUACUUUCCGAGUAUCAACUGCUGCAGGAAGUCGCCCAUCCGAACGUUAUUCGACUGCUUGGAGCUUGUACCAUGGGUGAAUCUCCCCUGCUGAUAAUCGAGUACUGUCAGUAUGGUUCUCUGAAAAACUAUCUUCGGUUGAGUCGAAAAUUGGAUGUCAUUAAUUCAGCUGACUACGAAAACGCAAUUGAACCCAUCACCGUGAAGGACAUACUGUCAUUCGCAUGGCAAAUCAGCAAAGGAAUGGCUUACCUCACCGAAAUCAAACUCGUGCAUCGCGAUUUGGCUGCGCGCAAUGUGCUUCUCGCCGAGGGCAAGGUGUGCAAAAUAUCCGAUUUCGGCCUCACACGUGACGUGUACGAAGAUGACGCCUAUCUGAAGAAGAGCAAGGAUCGUGUGCCGGUAAAGUGGAUGGCCCCAGAAUCGCUGGCCGAUCAUAUCUACACCACCAAAAGCGAUGUGUGGGCCUUUGGUGUGCUCUGUUGGGAACUGAUCUCACUUGGAGCGUCUCCCUAUCCAGGAAUACCACCCCAAAAUUUGUACACGCUCUUGAAGCAGGGCUAUCGGAUGGAAUGUCCUAAAAAUUGUUCAGAAGAGAUAUACAGCAUAGUGCGCUCUUGUUGGGCUGAUGACCCAAAGAUGCGACCCUCGUUCAAACACUUGGCCGGACAGUUUGAACUGCUGCUGGGUCGUAGUGCAAAGUAUGUUGACAUGGAACAGAAUUCGAUCUCCAACCCGAUGUACCUUGAACAUAAUGAUGAAACCGACUGUGCCAACAUCUCCUUCGUGAAGGAGGAACAAGCCCGUCUCGAAAGCCUUUGGGUGCCACCUCAAUAUGAACCUGCGACAGAUAACAGUACCGCCGAUAGCUUCCGUUAUCUGUCGCCAAUCACCGAUAAAAAGUCGCUCCUGCUCCAAAGCUAUGACACACCUCGACCGCUGAUCGAAACGGCUACGAUCGAGCAAAAACUGCGCUACGAAAACGACGUCAGAUUGCGGCCAAAAAAACUUCACAACGGUACUUACCCGCCAUCCUCAACGCCGACCAUUUACAUCAACUCGGCUAGCCAUCCAAAUUUGCUUACCAAAUUCAUGGAUGAAACCUCAUUCAUCAUUCCAACCGAGUACAACUCCCCAAGCAAACAACCGAGACGCGUGUCAUACUUGGACAUGAACAAAAACAGUGUUAAUCUCAACCUAGAGAUUAACAAUAUCAUCGACAAGAAGCAAUCCAAAGAUAUCGCUUUCCGAUUCUCCAACGUUGAUAACAGUCUGCAAAUCGUGAGUUCGCCAGUUCGCCAAAAAACUCCGACGCAGCCAACGGUGGUAGAGAUCGAAGGUGACAAAACCGACCAAAGGCUGAACAAUGAUAAUGGCAAACAUCAGUCAGACUUUUCUGACAAAGCGUUGAGGCCCCAAGGAAUUCAUAACGUUACCGUUAUGUCUACCGUUUAGAUUGAGAUGCUCCCGAAAUUGGAAUUGGAUAUUGUUGAAAGUGUUUCGUAUCACUUUUGUUUAAUAUUGGACAACCAAGAAUGAGAAAGUUGUUACAAAGUGGUCUUAUACGAGCGGGAUACCAAAGUAGAACCAAACCGGAAACGAGUGCGAAUCAAAUAUUUGAUAUCAAUAUUGCAUAUACACAUACAGAUAGAUAGGAAACACUGAAACCCGUUACGCUGAGCUUAACGAAGUUUUUUUUUAUGGAACCAUUAUUAAUUUUAUAUUUAUUUUGUAAAGUCACUAUUCAUUAAUUAACUAUCCAGGAAGCAAUGAUCUCAGUUCGCUAUCGAAUACUAAGAUAUUCCAGCAGAUACCCCAUAAGGCUGGUAGGUUAAUGUUUUGUUUUUUGCCAAAGUUAUUUAUUUAUUUGUUCUAGGGACAGGAGUAAAAUGUGACAUUGACUGUUAUUGUAAUUGAAGUUGUUGAGAGAGUCAUGUUUAGUUUCUAUUUAUUGAAAGUGAAAACACUUGCCAUACCGAUAUACUCUGCUGUGUCUCGAACUAGCAUCGGAAAAAUAAACAUUCCCGAAUCUUGGUGUUAGAUAAUAUUUGCAAAACCAAGUGGUACAAUCUGAAUGUACAUCCAAAGACAUCCAAAGCAAAUAAAUAUUAGUAAAGUA